AUGGGAGGUUCUCCACUCAAGAUUGAGGGCCUAUUAGGGAUGCUUACAAUUCGUUUACAAGAGGACAACUUUGUAAAAUGGUCAUUUCAAUUUCAAUCCGUGUUGGAAGGUUAUGAUUUGUUUGACUACUUUGACGGUACCAAUGUUUGCCCUCCGAAGUAUGUUGUCUCGUUAGAAAGUAGGGUUACAACAGAGAUUACUGCAGCUUAUCGUGAAUGGAUUAAGGCUGAUAAAGCAUUUCUCAGUUUAUCGAUUGCUGCUCUUGGAGAUGAGGUUAUUGAAUAUGUUGUAGGAAGUAAAACUGCUUAUGACGACUCAACUCACCGACAGAGAGCAGAUUCUAUUGAGAAGUAUUUACUCAGGCUCAAGCACUUGAAAGAUCAAUUACUUCCUACAGGAGAAUCAAUUUCAGAUAAUGAUCUUAUUGUUGCAGCUCUGGCAGGUUUACCCUCAGAAUAUAAUAUAAUCAAAACAGUAAUUGUAGCAAGAGAGUCAGUAAUUACAUUGAAAGAGUUUCGUGUACAGUUGUUAAGUGUAGAAAGAACAACUGAAGAAUAUACCUCCUCUCUGCAAUUUCCUAUGAUUGGAAUGUUCUCUCAAGGAGAUUCUUCUGUUAUGGGUAUAUCCAGACAGUACUAUCAAGGUGACAAUUCAAAUAAAGGUGGUUCAAAUGGUGGUCAUUUUUAUCAAGGGGAAUCCUCUACAACAUGUGCAAGUAGGCAUUUUAUCAGGGAGAUUAUUCUAAUGGAGGUGUAG